AUGGCGGGUUCAAUAGUAAGAGCAUUCAACUGGGACGAUGUCUACGAACAACAAUUCAUCGCGGUGACACCAUCGGGGUCAGAAGUCAUCUUGUACCAAACUAACCAUGAAGACCCCAGUGUUGAAUCCAACUCCAUGAUCCAACUUCAAUCGCGCUCGGGGUUUGACAAUUUGCAAUGCUCCUCGUACCUGAAUACGCGGCCUGGUACAAUUGCCGUGGGAUCUAUAAAUGGCACGGUUUCGAUAUUCGAUAUCAAAACGCCGGGGCUGUCCAUUGUCAAUUUGCGACCGAAGCAGAACCGUCCUUGUAAUUCCAUUACUUUCAACCGAUCGAAUUUGCUUGUUGCUGGUUUUGACAAGGGAAGACAGGACAAUUCGUUACAAAUCUGGGAUGUGGAAGAAUCGAGCAGUAAAGACCUUGUCAAGGCCGAAGAUGAAAGCAGAGUCAAGAAACCUGUUGCUUCGUUUUUGCCCAAUGAAGCAGUACUUUCAGCUACAUUCCUACCGGAUACCGAUACCAAUGUAUUAUGUGGAUCGUACAAGUUCUUGAGGGAGAUUGACUUGAGAGCUGAUCAACCGAUCUUCCAGAUGGCUACCAAAUGCACGUUGGGGUUGAUGGUGGAUCCAUUCCAGACUCAUUUGUUCCAGUCCCAUGGCGAAGAUGGAUCGUUGUGCAUUUGGGACCGUCGUAUGUUGACUAGCAGCCAGAAACUGAGGGGCUCAACCACCGGCGGCUUGGUUGUCACCGAGACUCCUAUUCUUCAGUUCAAUAAGUUGUUGAGCGAUUCUCCAGGCCGCAAAAUACAAAACCCAUGCGUUCGUUACUCGUCUAUACGGAGAGGCGAAUUUUCUUCGAUAUUCAACGGGGAUUUGAUACGGAGAUGGCACACUAGCUCCGUGCCAGCGUGUUAUGGUUUGCAAGGGAAUGGGAAUGGCAAGGUAACAACAACAACAACAACAACAGCGGCAUCGUCAUCGCCAUUCCCAUCGGCAGCUACAACGGAAACGGCAGCAGCAGAAAACACGGUUACUGGUAGUCUUAAAAAGCAAGCGAGCCAGCUAUACCGCAACAGCGACGAUUCACUUUUCGUUUCCAUGGUGCUCGAUGUCAAGACAGAUUAUGAAAAAGUCAUCUCAUUUGACUAUUCUCCCGACAUUACCUCCCAUACGUCAACCAACUUUGUUUGCAUGAGGCAGUCCGGAAGCGUGUUUAGGAUGCCCGUGGUGGAGUCUAUCGAGGCAUUGGACUUUAACCCUUUCAACGAGUUUUCAAUUGCUGGUCCCGAAGGAACACUGACUGACUUUAUCUUGGACGACUCUCAAAAGAAAGAAGCAAGUGCAAACAAAUUUGGGGAUGGGGUGAUUCCCAACCAGGAGCUCAGGCGGUUCGACAGCGACGAGCUUGAUCUUGAGCUUGAUAUGCGAGAGGUGUCCACGGCAGAUGACGAGGAGAACGAAUUGGACAGACCGUUAAACAUGUACGACGUGGACUUUGCCGAGCUGCCGUUGACCAAAUUAUUGUUGGACCCAAGCAAGGUCAUCCGCAACGAUAUAUGUCUAACUAUCCGCAAGAGAGCAAUGAUGGGGUACGGUACGGAUCCAGAGAAGAAUGGCGAGAUUGUGGAAAAGUUGGAUCCUGAGGGGAACCAGUUGUCGCUACACCAGGUCUGGCAGUGGCUCUGCAUGGCCAAGAAGUCGUUGGAGAAGGGAACGAUGGUUUCAGAAGGCAUCGACUUGGGAUUCCAAGGAAUACUGGGUAUUUGGAGUGGCUCUGAAGCGUUGAAUAACCAAAAACGCUCAAUGACAACAUCGACUACGAUUACUGAGCCAUGGUACGCACAGGCGGUUAAAAACAUAAUCGCAUCCAAGGGCAAAAAAUAUCAAGGCAUCAACAUUCCAGUUGACAGUGAAAAGAAGGCACAAAGAAAACUCUGUUUAAUCGUUUCCGGCUGGUAUUUAACUGAAGAUGAGUUUGAAAAAAAGCUUCAACUUUUGAUAUCUGGCGGGUACGUGGCCAAAGCUGCAGGCUGGGCCGUGUUCCAUGGCAAGGUGCCCAAGGCCAUUGAGAUUUUAGGUAGUUCAAAAAAGGAAAAUUAUCAGUUGAUGGCCACGGCAGUUGCUGGAUAUCUAGCUUACAAAGAUUCUCAUGUUAAUAGCCCUUGGAAGGACCAAUGCAGGAAGAUGGCUUCGGAGUUGGAGGACCCUUAUUUGCGAGCAAUAUUUGCUUUUAUUGCUGAUGAUGAUUGGUGGGACGUGUUGGACGAGCAUUCGCUUCCGUUGCGAGAGCGAAUAGGUGUUGCCGUUAGACAUCUUUCCGACCGCGACUUGACUGUUUAUCUCAAUCGAUUAACCGACACGGUGGUGAACAAAGGUGAUCUCGAAGGUUUAAUUUUAACCGGGAUAACUCCUCGGGGGAUCGAUUUGCUACAAAGUUAUGUCGAUAGAACCAGCGACGUGCAAACGGUUGCAUUGAUUUCUGUGUUUUCGUGUCCCAGGUAUUUUGUCGAUGACAGAGUUAAACAUUGGGUUGAUUGCUAUCGAAACAUGUUGAACAGCUGGGGGAUGUUCAACGUGAGGGCCAGGCUAGAUGUUGCUCGGACAAAGCUCUCCAAGAAUGUCAAUGGACAAGUGAGCAUCCAGGCUACACCCAAGCAGUUUUUCCUAAAAUGCAUUCGCUGCAACAAAAACAUUUCAAAGCCAAAAUCGAGCGCUGUCCAGCCCGGGUUUCCUAAUAAUCAAGCCUUGUUGAAGCAGUUUAACAAAUCCAGCAACAAGCUGAAUGGCGGCAUUAUCAUUACUUCAUGCCCGCACUGUGGUGCUGCUUUACCUAGGUGUUCGAUAUGUCUAAUGUCACUAGGCUCCGAUGUUCCACUAGAGAAUAGCGAGUUGAAUAAAACGGAUCCCAAUGUCAAGAUUGAAAACAAAUUCAAAAACUGGUUUAGCUUUUGCUUGACGUGCAACCAUUGUUACCAUGCUUCUCAUGCAGAGGAAUGGUUUUCAAAACAUUACACUUGUCCAGCACCUGAUUGCGAUUGUCGAUGCAAUAGCAAAUAA